CGCUGCUGCCCCGCGGGCUCGGGCCCGUCCGCGUCGGCUUCUACGACAUCGAGGGCACGCUGGGCAAGGGCAACUUCGCGGUGGUGAAGCUGGCGCGGCACCGCAUCACCCGCAGCGAGGUAGUUUUAGUUGCUACACCUAGAGGUGAGCUUUUUGUGAGGCUCUCUUCUGGUCGAUUUCAUUGUUGGCUGAAGAAGAGGAUCCUGCGCUGCUCUGUGCCUGACCAAAGUCAUUGAAACACCGUCCCGAGCACGGGCUGGAAGGGCUGCAGGUCUUCAUCACCCUGAGCUUGUGGGGAAAAUCAUCCCUGAAGGAACGGGAGCACGCCUGAAACCUGGAGCUCAGCUGGGCACAGCGGAGCCCUGGUGCUGACAGGGCUCUGGCCACGCUGUGAUUGAUGAGCUCUGCAUCGCAGGGACUGAAGAAAGUUCUCCUCUUGCCUCCUUUCUCAAGUUCAUCAUCAGCUCGGCUCUUUGCGAGCCCUUCCUUGCUCCUGCAGGAGAGCCGAGCAGUGCCAGCGCUCCCUUUCCAAGUUUGGUGCCACGUGCCAGAAUUGCAAAUGCUCCACUCGAAGGUGCUCGCUUGUCGUUGCUCUUCAGCCCUGGUUCCUUUGGCAGGCUUUGGGAUGGAGAUGAGAACUUUAAUCUUCGUUUUUAUGGUCGUUUUAGAAAGGCUGUUUGUUUAGCAUUGUUGGAAAUAACAAAGGUUACAGAAAACACAGAGCUUGAAAGAUCCCCGAUUCCUGGAUGAUUCUUUCAUCUGAGUCCUGAGGAACUGCUGAGUUCUAUUAUCUUGAUUUUUUUUUAACCAGCUUUUCUGUCCAGCCUGCAGCCUUUUUAUCUUCCGUGGGAUUUUUACAGCAAUUUCACCUGUGCUGGAGGAUUUUUUGUCAAGGUCUUUGAUUUUUUUGAGUCAGCUCUGACUUCUGCAGUGAGAGAUGCAAGAGUGUUUUUCUGGAACUGAAUUGCUGACUUGGUUGCUGGAAGUAUUUACACAAUCUUUGAGGAAGGGGAACCCUGUUCAGAUCACUUCUGGUGAUGUCAGAGGAAAUUAAUUCCAGCCAAAUACUCUCUGGAAUAAGCACUUCCAGUUUGGAGCAGCUCACCUGAUUGUUGGGUCCCUGAGCACACAGAGUGGAAAUCCUGCUCGUUAAGGACUCCAGCCUGAAGGGUUUUCCUAUUUCAGGCUUUUUCUGAACUGUUCCUUAAGUUCCACUGGUAGAAUAUUCAGGUUUUGGGUCCUGGAAGGGCUGUGUGCCCUCAGGUCUGUGCUGCAGGAGGAUGCUGUGAUGCUGCUGAGAUUUGCUCCAAAAUCCUGUUUUAAAAGGAGUCCCUGGCAAAGUUUCUCCUGAACCUCCUGAUUUGAAGCCUGAAUUCUGAAUUUUAGAUUCAGAACCUGUUUGUUGUUGGCGUUUUGAAAUUGUGUUCUAUAUGAUUUUGACCUUUAAAAUAUUUGCUUUUUUAAUUUAACACAACUCUGCCUGGCCAGUAACCAUCAAAUUAAAAAAGAUGGGCUCUUAUUACCUUGGAUGCAGCACUUAUGGAUUGUGUGCAAUCCAUCCUUUCUGUGGAAGGACUGCAGGUGGCAAUAAAAAUCAUUGACAAAUCUCAGCUGGAUGCUGUGAAUCUGGAGAAGAUCUACAGGGAGGUGCAGAUCAUGAAGAUGCUCGACCACCCACACAUCAUAAAGCUCUACCAGGUGAUGGAGACCAAAAGCAUGCUGUACCUCGUGACAGAAUUUGCCAAAAAUGGGGAGAUCUUUGAUUACCUGGCCAGCCACGGGCGCCUGAGCGAGCCCGAGGCGCGGCGCAAGUUCUGGCAGAUCCUGUCGGCAGUGGAAUAUUGCCACGGCAGGAAAAUCGUGCACAGGGACCUCAAAGCUGAGAACCUCCUGCUGGACAACAACAUGAACAUCAAAAUAGCAGAUUUUGGCUUUGGGAAUUUCUACAAGAGCGGGGAGCCUCUGACCACGUGGUGUGGGAGCCCCCCCUACGCAGCCCCCGAGGUCUUUGAAGGGCAGCAGUACGAGGGACCCCAGCUGGACAUCUGGAGCAUGGGGGUGGUGCUCUAUGUGCUGGUGUGUGGAGCCCUGCCCUUUGAUGGACCCACCCUGCCCAUCCUGAGGCAGAGGGUGCUGGAGGGGAGGUUCAGGAUCCCUUAUUUCAUGUCAGAAGAGUGUGAGCACCUGAUCAGGAGAAUGCUGGUCCUGGACCCCUCCAAACGUCUGAGCAUUGCUCAGAUCAAGGAGCACAAGUGGAUGCUGGUGGAAGUUCCUGCCCAGAGGCCGAUGCUGUACCCAGCAGGGGAGGAGAACCAGCCCUCCCUGGGGGAGUACAACGAGCAGGUGCUGAGGCUGAUGCACAGCCUGGGCAUUGACCAGCAGAAAACUGUGGAGUCCCUGCAGAACAAGAGCUACAACCACUUUGCUGCCAUCUAUUACCUGCUGGUGGAGAGGCUGAAGUCGCACAGGAGCAGCUUCCCCGUGGAGCAGCGCGUGGACGCGCGCCAGCGCCGGCCCAGCACCAUCGCCGAGCAGACCGUGGCCAAGGCCCAGGCCGUGGUGAACCUGCAUUCCCCAAGCCCAAGGCUGCUGCAGUCUCCAGGGCUCCCCUCAGCCUCAGGAGCAGAAACCUUUUCCUUCCCUCCCUCCAGCUGCCAGGGAGAGGCAGCAUUUAUGGAGGAGGAAAGGGUUGAGACACCAAAGGUGAAUGGCUGCCUGCUGGACCCCGUGCCCCCCGUGGUGAUGAGGAAGGGGUGCCAGUCCCUGCCCUCCAGCAUGAUGGAAACCUCCAUCGAUGAAGGAAUCGAGACUGAAGGAGAGGCAGAGGAGGACCCAGCCCAGGCCUUCGCUGCCCUGCAGGCAGCUCGAGGGGGCAAGAGGAGGCACACCCUGGCUGAGGUCACCAACCAGCUGGUGAUGGUGCCAGGCACAGGGAAAGUCUAUUCCUUGGAUGAGAACUCCUCCCUGGGCAGCAUCGACUCAGAGUACGACAUGGGCUCCGUGCAGAGGGAUCUCAAAUUCCUGGGCGAGACCCCUUCCCUGAAAGAGAUGGUGCUGAGCAGCCAGCAGCCCCCACGGGUGGCCUCCCCUUUCCUGGGGCUCAGGCCUGCCAACCCAGCCAUGCAGGCCCUGAGCUGCCAAAAACGGGAGGCUCACAACCGCUCCCCCGUCAGCUUCCGCGAGGGCCGCCGCGCCUCCGACACCUCCCUCACCCAAGGAAUUGUAGCAUUUAGGCAGCACCUCCAGCACCUGGCCCGAACCAAAGGAAUCCUGGAGCUGAACAAAGUCCAGCUGCUCUAUGAACAGAUGGGAUCAGAGGAGGAGCCUUCCCUGGCAUCAGCUGCCACCCAGCUGCAGGACCUCAUGAACAGCCCUGCCCAGGAGGAAGGCUCCCAGCAGCAGCAGCAGCAGCAGGAGGCUCCAGCUGCUUUCCCCAGCAGUGCACAGCCCCCGCUGCUGCCGCGGAGGCAGAGCCUGGAGACUCAGUACCUGAAACACCGGCUGCAGAAGCCCACUCUGCUCUCCAAAGCUCCCAACACCUGCCAGCUCUACUGCAAAGAGCUGCCCCGGAGUCUGGAACAGCAGCUCCAGGAGCACAGGCUGCACCAGAAGAGGCUGUUCCUGCAGAAGCAGUCCCAGCUGCAGGCCUACUUUAACCAGAUGCAGAUAGCAGAGAGCUCGUACCCCCGGGCCAGCCCUCUGCCCCUGCCCUGCCCGGAGGAGCUGCAGCCCCAGCAGCAGCAGCAGCAGCAGCAGCAGCAGCCCCAGCAGCAGCAGCAGCAGCAGCAGCAGCCAGCCCAGUUCAGCCUGCAGCAGCCCCUGAGCCCCUCCCCGGGGCAGCUGCACUUCGAGCCCUUCCUCAGGCAGUUCCCCAAGGUGCAGCUGGAGCCGCCCAGCCCGUCCCGGCUGUCCCCCCCGGGGCAGGGCCAGCCAGCACAGCCCCUCCCGUUCCCCUACCAGACUUGUGAGCUGCCUGCUGUCCCCUCUGCCGAGCAGUGCCACCUGUCCCCGAGCAGUGGGGCCGUGCCUGAGAGCCAGAGCAGCUCUGCAGAGGCACAGCCCAGCUACGACUCGCUGCCCCUGCCAGAACUGCCCGGACUCUUUGAUUGUGAGAUGAUGGAGGCUGUGGAUCCCCAGCACGGUGGCUAUGUGCUGGUCAAUUAGCACCCAGAGCACACUGGAAGGACAAAAGGAGAAGCAUGUGAAUUUUUGGUUGGUUUUUUUUUUUUUUCCACCCCCCAUUCCUACCCCCCGUCGAGGUUUUUCGACCCUUGAAUUGACAGGGGAACUGAAAAUCCAUCUGGCUGGAAGAAAAAAAAAAAAUAGCAGGAGGUGUUUGGCCCCAGUGGCAGGGGCUGGAGAACAGGGAGUUCAACAGCAGCUUCAUCCCACAGAGUCUGCGUAGAAGGAGGCAAAAAAGGGGAAAUUCAGAGGAAGGAAAUAGCCCCUUCUGAAAAAAAUUGGGGAGUUUGUCAGCAUUCAUCCACCAUCCACUGGGAGAGAGGAGAGUGAGUGCACACUCCUCGUCCUUCUUGGCAAUAAAAGCAAUAGUUUUCACUGAAAUUCAGGGUAGAUUUGGGUCUGCGCUGAUGGCAGCUGAAAUCCUCUGGAGAACAGGAGCACGAGGUGGAAUUCAGGGGAAGUUGCACUUGGGUUGAGCUCCUGCUCUGGAAUUACUCUGUGGCCAGCCCUGAGCGUCUCAGGCAGCCUCCACUUCCUCCUGCUGGCACCCAGACAGGAUCUCCCAAGCCUGCCAAGGAGCUCCUCAGUGUCUGCUGAAGGAAUCUGGACCCUGACUUUGUCACAAGAAACCUGGGACUGUGUGGAGAGACCUCUGGGUGGGGAUUGGAGUUCUGGAGGAUCGAGGAUGAGCCAACAGACACAGAAGGUAAGAGAGCCAUGAAGGAGAACAAGAGCUGCAGGAAAUUGCAUUAAAAAAAAAAAAUAGAAUCCACCUGGGUGGCUUUUAAAAUCACCCCCAUUUUCAGGAGGGCUCUGUCCUGGAGAAAUUCUGCUCCCUGGAAAGGAUCCACCUGUCCCCGGGUUGCAUUUUAAAAACAAACAAGCAAACAAAACUGUGUUUUGAAUUUGCAGUAUGUGUUGCUGGUGGUUUCUUGAGCUUUGUAUAUUUGGACAAUUAUUUAGGGUUUUAGAACUUUAAGGAUAAAAAACACAAUGAGCUUAUAAAAAGUAAAAAAAACACCCCUGUGAAGUGAUAGUGCUGUGCCUUUUUCAGUUCUUUAUCAGCCUACAUGCUUUUUUCUGAAGAAAGUCGACAAUACCCCAUGUAUGUCCCUGCUGUGGCCAAAGUCCCUUCAGAGCACACGUCCCACCAUGUGGGACAUGUUUAACUCUCUGAGUGCUUGAAUGGCUCGUGUAUAUAGGACACUGAAAGUAUCACAGCAAUAUUUCAGCAUCAAACUCUUGAUGUGCCAACCUUUUCAAGGGAUGCUCCAGCUCCAGCAGGAGCUGUGUCUCCAGAACUUUCCACUGAUCCAAGUCGCAGGAGGGGGUGGCUCAGGGAGCUGCAGGAAGCUGAGAUCUCCAGUUUGGGCUUUGGCUCUGACCCUGAGGUGGCGUGGGCCAGCCCAGGCCGGUGGCCAGCUGGCCAGGCCAGCCCUUCCUGAGCAAACAUUAAGCACAAUUGCAGCUUCAUCAAAGCACAAAGAGAGAGAGGAACUGUGCUGAUCACACCAGAGUUUGCUGGAAGGUUUGGGCUUUGACACUGCAAAUCCCCAGGGCAGAGGGAGGUGAAAAUCAGCAUUUACAGCAAUAAGACCACAUUAAAGCAGGGAAUAGAAGGGUUUGGGCACCCUGUGUGAAGGGGAGGGGGUUUAACAGGUGACAGAGGGCACCUGGUCCCUGUGCGGGCAGGCUGAGACAACUCCUGUCCUCUGGAGCCUGCUCUGACACUGGGCCAGUCCAAAAGUGCUCAGCUCCUUCCUCUGCUAGCACAGGGGUACUCAAGGCAACAGCAGCAGCACAGGAGAGUUGGAGGAGCAGGGAUCACGAGAUGCAGAUGGGCAGAAAGCUCUGCUUGGCAGAGAAAAGGGUUUGUGGUGUGGUUUCCCUUCAGAAGGAAAUCUGUCUGGCACCGUGGCACACAGAGCCAGCGACACCUGAAGGGAAGGAGCUGACAAAAUCUGCAGCAGAACAGAGCAGGAGCAAAGAGGAAGCAGAGCCCUGUCCUUCCCCACCCCCUGCCCUGCCCCACAGCUUGUGCAGUGUGGGAUCUGUGCAGACACCCAGAGCUGGGCAGUGAAAGCUGCUCCCAGUGCUGCUCCAGGAGCUGGGGGACUGCCAGAACAAUAACCACUUCCUUCCCCAUCCAGCUCCAGGAUCCUGCACCUUUCAGGACUCCAAAGAUAAAAAUAAUUCCGAUCUGGAGUUCUGCAGUUCAUUUAUCAGGAUGUGCCAACCAGUGUGAGCUCCUGGGAGCUCUGCAGGGCUGGCCAGGGGGAAGCUGCAGUAUUUUUUAGUUUAGACUGACCCUUUCCCCCCAGCCAAAAGCAUAUUUAACAUUUCAUGUAAUUUCCUUUAAGCCAAUUAGGACUAAAAGGCUUCUGAAGCCUUCUCAUAAAGAGAGGAUCCAUUGGGCACCGCUUCCCACUCCUUUGAAGUGGCUUUUUCGUUCCAAUCUCUUCUGUUCUAACAUUAGAGAACUGUGUACACUACUGCUAGAGUAAUUAUUAGCUUUAUUAUCUCGUACUACAGCCUCCUUUGAAGAGACUUUGGUGUGAUGUAUAUGGGGUACAAAUUUCAUACGGAGAAAAGUGCAAUAUGUGUGUGUGUGGUAUGUUCUUUAACGUAUUUUUUUAAGGAUUUAGAGGGUUUAGUCUCUGCUUUGGGAUAAAUGCACUAGUUUUGUGAGCUCCAGUUUGGCAAGUUCAUCUGUAGUAUUUACAUGCAACUGAUCUGCUGGACUCUGUAAAGCAGUUACAGUGUAUUAAUACAAAAUAAAGAAUAUGUGCAUUUCAUUUUUUAAA